AUGGCGGACCUGGAGGCCGUGCUGGCCGAUGUCAGCUACCUGAUGGCCAUGGAGAAGAGCAAGGCCACGCCGGCAGCCCGCGCCAGCAAGAAGAUCGUCCUGCCCGAGCCCAGUAUCCGGAGUGUAAUGCAGAAGUAUCUUGAGGAGAGAAAUGAAAUCACCUUUGACAAGAUUUUCAAUCAGAAAAUCGGUUUCUUGCUAUUUAAAGAUUUUUGUUUGAAUGAAAUUAAUGAAGCUGUACCUCAGGUGAAGUUUUAUGAAGAGAUCAAAGAAUACGAAAAGCUGGACAACGAAGAAGAUCGCCUUUGCAGGAGCCGGCAGAUUUACGACACCUACAUCAUGAAGGAGCUUCUCUCCUGUACCCACCCAUUCUCAAUGGAAGCUGUAGAACAUGUACAAAGUCAUCUCUCCAAAAAACAAGUGACAUCUACUCUUUUUCAGCCAUACAUAGAAGAAAUCUGUGAAAGUCUUCAAGGCGAUGUUUUCCAAAAGUUUAUGGAAAGUGACAAGUUCACCAGAUUUUGUCAGUGGAAAAAUGUAGAAUUAAAUAUUCACUUGACGAUGAAUGACUUCAGCGUACAUAGGAUUAUCGGACGAGGGGGAUUUGGUGAAGUUUACGGUUGCCGGAAAGCAGACACCGGAAAGAUGUAUGCAAUGAAAUGCUUGGACAAGAAGAGGAUCAAGAUGAAGCAAGGGGAGACGCUAGCCUUGAACGAGAGGAUCAUGCUGUCUCUUGUCAGCACGGGGGAUUGCCCUUUCAUUGUCUGUAUGACCUAUGCCUUCCACACUCCAGACAAACUGUGCUUCAUCCUGGAUCUCAUGAACGGGGGCGAUUUGCACUACCACCUCUCCCAACACGGGGUGUUCUCCGAGAAGGAGAUGCGGUUUUACGCCACGGAAAUCAUUCUGGGGCUGGAGCAUAUGCACAAUCGAUUUGUCGUCUACAGAGAUCUGAAGCCCGCAAAUAUCCUUUUGGAUGAACACGGACACGUAAGGAUAUCAGAUCUCGGGCUCGCCUGUGAUUUUUCCAAAAAGAAGCCGCACGCGAGCGUUGGCACCCAUGGGUACAUGGCUCCCGAGGUGCUGCAGAAGGGGACGGCGUACGACAGCAGCGCUGACUGGUUCUCCCUGGGCUGCAUGCUGUUCAAACUUCUGAGAGGUCACAGCCCUUUCAGACAACAUAAAACCAAAGAUAAGCAUGAGAUAGACCGGAUGACACUUACCGUGAAUGUGGAACUUCCAGAUACCUUCUCCCCUGAACUGAAGUCCCUUUUGGAAGGCUUGCUCCAGCGAGAAGUUAGUAAGCGGCUUGGCUGUCACGGAGGCGGUGCACAGGAAGUAAAAGAGCACGGCUUUUUUAAAGGCGUUGACUGGCAGCAUGUCUAUUUACAAAAGUACCCACCACCCUUGAUCCCUCCCCGGGGAGAAGUCAAUGCAGCAGAUGCCUUUGAUAUUGGCUCAUUCGAUGAAGAGGACACCAAGGGCAUUAAGCUGCUUGAUUGUGACCAAGAACUCUACAAGAACUUCCCUUUGGUGAUCUCUGAACGCUGGCAGCAGGAAGUAGCGGAAACAGUUUAUGAAGCAGUAAAUGCAGACACGGAUAAAAUCGAGGCCAGGAAGCGAGCUAAAAAUAAACAACUUGGCCAUGAAGAAGGUAAAAUAGCUAAUGUGCCCCAAUACAUUUGGAAUGCGAUGAGUUUUGAGAGUUUCUUGUCUCAUGGACUGUCAUCUUUGGCAAUUGGUACAGAAUCAAGAUCACCAAAUGCGUGUGGGCAAGGAGCAAUUGAGACUCAGCAAAAUUUACUGACAAUGGAGCAGAUCCUCUCUGUGGAAGAAACUCAGAUCAAAGACAAAAAAUGCAUUUUGUUCAGAAUUAAAGGAGGGAAGCAAUUUGUCUUGCAAUGUGAGAGUGAUCCAGAGUUUGUGCAGUGGAAGAAAGAGCUGACCGAGACCUUCACGGAGGCCCAGCGGUUACUGCGUCGUGCACCCAAGUUCCUGAACAAAUCUCGAUCAGGCAUCGUGGAGCUCUCAAAGCCACCGCUCUGUCACAGAAACAGCAAUGGCCUCUAAGGCCCACGAGCAGGGAGUCCCAACACUCAAGGACUCCAUGCCAGGGGCCUCAGCCCUCCAAAUAGAGCCCGUGGGAGAAGGGUGAGGACUACACAGUGGACUUACUAACUGCGGAGGCUCUUCCGAGGCUGAAGACCCAGGGCACCCUGUGAGCUGCUCCUAAUAGGAGUCGGGCCCCUUCUCAGGCUCAGUCUGUCUCACUCCUGCCUGAGCGCGUUUGUCUGCACUUUGAAACUACUGAAGACAUGGGAGUUCUUCUUCUUUGCUACAUACUUAUUUUGGUAUCUCUGAACUUAGAACAUGAAAUGAUUCCUACUUACCAAUUCACUUUUUAUGUCUGAUAUCAAACAUAUCCUAGACUUUCCGGGCUGGAAUUUGAAAACCUCCAGGGUUAGGUAAUAGACUACCCUAAGCAUUGCCAUAUUUUAUCCAUAAACAGCCACUGCUGAUUUUACCUGUCUUUUCUCCGUACUGCUGCGAAUAGGAGAGCGACAGUGGGGUUUUUGUGCACUUCAGACCUGACUCUGGGUGUCCUGGGGAUGAACGUUGGAGAUGGCUUCCGACAAGGUUGGAUGUGGUCCCUCACCUUGAGCAGCGCCCACACAGGACUGCCCUGUCUGGCACUCCAGGGAGCUCCCGGUCAGAUGGACGCAUACUCUGCGAGGGCAUGGGUGCGCUGAUCGUGCAAGGCCUCCGUCCGCCGCUGGCUGGAAAUGUGCGCAGUGAUUCUGAACAAGACACAGUGCGGUUUUAGACUGCAGGGACAGGAGCAGUUUCCGAAAAUCUCCAAGUCCGGUGUGCUCAAGUGAAACACACAGCACCUUUUCCAGUCUGACGCGCACAGACACUUGGGAGUCCCUCUCGGCAGUAAGCACUCGUCCAGCAGUCAUUCUGGGUCCUUCUGCUGGAUGCCGGGAAGCAUACCAGUCAGCAUGUGACGAAGGAGGAAAGGGGUCGCUCAGUCAUGCAUUUUCGUAUAAUUUAAAAUGAAUUCUGUGGAGGAAAAAAAAAAAAAAGAAUGCCGAAAAAUGAAAGUGUUAAGAUGAGCUCCGUCUGUCACGGUCGUAAUGUUGUCAUUCAUCCGCCAUUAAUGGAUGUCCUGCGACAGUGGCGACAGGGCCCUCAGCGCAGCGGAAAGGCCUUUUGCCUAAUCUCAGUGGCACCUGCACUCUGCAGUUUGUCCCCCCCCGCCCCCCCCCGUGUAUUCCACGCCCUGCCGAUUUAUCCCCAAAUAAAUGCCGAGCAAUGAGGGCCCACAAAUCCCCCCAUGUCACAAAACCACAGAAUACCAUACUAGUUUAAAAAAUUCCUUCCCCAUAUUUGUCCUGUUCCUGGAGUGGCUUUACUAUUCGUCUCUAAAUUAAUUACUAACAAUAUAAAUAACUUGAUAGCUUAAUUAUUUGUAUCCUGUCCUUGCUAUUUUUAGGGUUUCCAGAUACUUUUUUUUUUAUAUUUAUGUGCUGUAGUCGUUGGGAAAGUAAGUACUUCUUAACGAAAUUGUAUUUUGAGAAUUUAGAAGAUACUUUACUGAAAGAGUCUAUUUAUAUUCUUUCAUAGUAGUUACGUUGGAAAAGUAAUUUGGGGGUUUGUUAACCAUCUGAACUCUUAGCUGGGGUUUAAAUUAACAUACAUGUCUAUUUUCUGCUGUUUCCAGUGUAGGAGGAGGAGUGUACUAUUUAUGCGCAUUCUCCUUAAUUAAAAGAAGUAUUGUAUUCACAUACUGUUAAAACAACAAUGAAACACCACCGGAAACAGAAAAGCAGUUGUUGUUCUUAAAGAGCGAGUGUCUUCCCAGCCCUCCUUAAGGAGAGCCGUGACUGGUAUCAUGCUCUUGGUCGCAAGCUCACAUGGUUCAGCACGUCCAAUUCAGAAGGCACAGUGCCUCGUACCUCUCCUAGAUGGGACAGUGGAACUCUUGGGUCACAUGUGUUGUGACUCCACCAGGGUCUAGGUCUAGGCUCUGCGUCUUACGUCACAUACACAGGGCCUUAGCUAUGCCAAAGUGUUCAGAGAGAUUCUUAAACUUUCCCGUAUGUGCCAUAAAAUUGAGCCAAACUGCACUUCUUGCAAAAAUACUAUUUCUGCUCUAGAGGAGAACAUCAGAUUCCUCUCUCUUUCAGAAAGCAAUAUGAAUUGGCAAAUAUCCCGAGAACCCUUUUGCCUCAGACAUUCCAAGUAGACUUGUACGCUUUGCUAACAUACAUUUCUAAUGGCGCAGUUGAGAAGCACGUCUUAUUAGAAGUCCUUUGUGACAUCAGGAUGAGUUACCUGGGAGAAUAGGUUGUCUUUUGUGGUGGCAUCUGGUCUGGAACCCUGGUGAGGCCAGUCUUGUCAGAACAUGCGGUGGGGUUGGGAGUCGGUUUCUGACCAGACAGAAGCCACUGCUAUGCCUGGUCACUGUGCUACCCCUGGUGUCCGCGUGGUCACAGGGGAAGUCAUUUGGUUUAGAAGUCCUGUUAGGCGUGGCUGUUUUCUAAGGGUUUCAGAGUAUUACAUUAUUCCUUGACGUUUGACCCUUCUUACGUUUGGAUUUUUAGGACAAACAUCUGUCCAAGUCUUCUGAUUAGUUCAGAUUUCUAGGAUUGGGCUGUUUUAACACUGUCAAGGAAGGUCAUUGAGACUGAUACUUUUAUAAAAUCAUGAAAUUAUGUUAUAAAAUUUGAUUUCAUAAUUCAAAGAAAUCAAUAAAGCAAAGGCUAAAAAAUAAUAGGUUAUUUUAAGCUGCUCUCAAUGGAAUAAAUUAAAACUUUUGUGAGACCUGGUUUAUUGUGUUUAACCUAAAACAUUGUCUUGAGUGCAUUUAUCCCUCUCUCCAUGCCAUUUGGGCACAUUAUUUUUUCGUUUCUUUUUUUUUUUAAGUUUAUUUAUUCUAUGAGUGAGUGGGAGUCGGGGAGAGAGCAAGCACACCCCCCCCCAACAGGUCAUCACCACUAAAUCUACUCCUAGUCUCAGCCAGUCUAGGAAUUCCAGGCAUACGUGGGUUCAAGGAGGUGUCUGGACAUGGGACCCAGAACUCUCCCAUGCGGGUCAGCCUUUCAGUGUUACUCCAUAGUCUGUCCCCCUGUUUUUCCUUCUUUAUCAUGUUUUUGUAUGACUUUUAAGCAAAACUUAAAGAAGUUGGCUUACUGUUUUCACUAGUAAUGCAAAGUAUACAUACCUCCGAUUGGUCAGUUCACUACCGUUACAAUUUCAGAUUGUAUAUACGAGAAAAGAAAGGGCCCCCUGUCAAGUGAACACACCGAAGAAGUGAAGCAUUCCACUAAGGCAAACGGCAACGACAAUUUGUUGACAAACAUGGCUGACUUAGGGUUUCAAAUGUGCUGUAGAAAUGUUAGAAACAACUUUUUGAAGGCUUUCCCAUUAAAAAAAUUGUUUACCAAUGGACAAUGGCAUUUAACUAGAUUUAAAAGGUCAAGUUGGUGGGGUUUUUUUUCCCCUGAUGAUUUUUAAAUUUCAUUCAGAAUUUAUAAUUGGGCCAAUUCAGUACAGCAUUUGACUUUUCAGGGGGAUUGAUUUCUCUAUAAAUGUUUCAAAAUUUUAAUGUAGCAAGAAGAAAACAAGAUUCUCCAGUUUGACCUUUGUUGCAUGUUGUAAAUCUAUAAAAAAAAAUGCUUUGAAAUGUGCUGGUUAAGAUAAAACUUACCUUGUAGGAUUUCAUCCUAUGCCAUUUUUUCCCAAUUAUGUUGACAGAAAUGUUUUGUGUCCUUCAGCAACGCUUGAUGAGUGGACUCCCCCCCGACACUACCUGAGGGGUUGACUUGCUGUUUGUACUGGGAGAGGAGUAGGGCUUCUUUCAGAUCUGUGCCAGGUGGUGGGUGAGGGGGCGUCAGAAAGAACAGUGAUAGAAAUAGGGCAAAGGAAGAAAGAAGUUAACCUGCUGGUAAAAAUCAUUCCCUUUAUACCCUAAAGCAUAAAGAAAAUGAAUAAAGUCAGUGGUUUCCCCCACCUUUACAAAAAAUUUAUGAUCUUUUUCCAUGAGAUGGAGAAAAAGGAGGGAGAGAGGUACCUGCAGCAGGGUCUUCACGCCACCCGCCCCCCCAACCUCAGCCAGCCAGAAGCAUGUACACACACCCAACCAUACACGAAGACCCCAGGACACCAACCGUAGACCUUUCCAGCGUUGCAGACCAUUGCAUUACCACUGCACCACUGUGGCUGGCUCUUGUCUUUCUUUUGAAUUAGAAUAAAAUGAUUGUAAGACUUAGUCACUUUAUUUUUUAUUUAUUUAUUUAUUUUUUCGAAGUUUUCACCAUAGGGCGCAUGCGCUUGCCAGCCAGCCAGACAGAAAGCGAGAA